UUCAUUUGACUGAUGCACCAUGAUAAAACAGGUUUGAAGGGAACUUGUAAUUGGCUGCCUAACCAGACUAGCCUACGGCGAAGGAAAAAAAAAAAAAAAGUCCCCCAGAAUCUGAUAAGGCCUAUAAAAGACAGAGCAUCAGUCACCAGAUGUGAACGACAUCAAGAAGAACCACGAUGGAGCGUUGCUUUGUAUUCCUUUUGCUGGUUGCAGGUGCUGCAUCAAACACUAUUGAGAAGAGGAUUCUUGGGAGUGCAUCCUGUGGCAAGAAUCGGCAGUACCAUGUCCAGAUAGAAUCCGCUCAGGGCGGGAAGUCCUGUGGAGGCGCUCUGCUCAACACCCGCUGGGUCAUCACAGCUUCUCACUGUGCAGAGCAGACGGUCACCGUGAAGCUGGGCAUAAACAAUGAUGUGUCCAUUUUUACAAAAGCUUUCUCUUGGUUAAAAGGCAACUCCAAAAAACACGAACAAACUAUUCUGGCCAAACAGCAGCACACCUUCAAAGAUGAAGAAGGAAAUGCCCAUGACAUUAUGCUCAUCCAUCUGAAUGAGGACAUGUCAGCCAAACUUCCCACCAUCAGCCUCCCUUCAGGAGCAUGCACAAAGCUAGAGCCAAAAGCUAAAGUGCAGAUUGGAGGAAUGGGAGCAAAGGCAAAAGGCGGUAAACCUGUUGGUGAGGUAAGAUGUGCCACCACAGAGAUCACUGAGUGUGGAGAGAAUGAUAAACCUGACAGUAAAUACAGCAAGGGAGAAUCUACAAUCUGUGCCUUCAAAGCUGGAGUGGAGUCCUGCUUUGGCGAUGCAGGCUCAGCUGUGGAGUACGACGGACAUCUACAAGGAAUUAUUGUUAGCCAGCCUGUGGAUACAUGUGCUAAGUCCAUUGUAAUGCUGGACAUCUGUCAGUACAUGGAGUGGAUUGGUAAAACAAUGAAGGAGAACUGAUGGGUACAUUCCAGAGAUAUCUUAUUUAAUAAUUAAAAUAUUUACCUAUUUAUUUGUGCUUAUUAGUCAAACUAUAGCCUAUCAUCUUAGUGUCUAUAUUUAGAUGUGCUUUUCAAAUAUUUCAAAAGUAUGACUUAAGACUAUAGUAAAAAAUAGUACUUUUGUCCAGCCGCCCAAUUUACAAUCAUUCAUUUCCAUAAAUAAAAAGAUAGAACUAUCAAAACUUCAUGCAUUGUCUGCAGUGUGCUACGUGUCUGCUAUCUGAACGUUCAAGGUCUCAUUUCCAUAACUGAAAAACCAUUAUCAUGUUCGGGUUUCACUUCCACUUUUCAAACUACAUCAUCAAACUAUUUCUAAUAUCCAGUGUCACAUCAUACAAUUAAUUUCCCCACAUUUUUAAAUGUUAGCUCAGCCCCCACUUUCAACUAUUUACAGUAUUUGCAAAAUGGGUGCCACAAGACAAAACAAAUUACUUGUGCCACUGUGCAAAGCAGUUUCUGUCAAUCAGAAGGCACAUUGGCAUUUUCCAUUUGCUUGAUUUUUUGCAGCAUAUCUGUUUGUGUUGUCACAGAUGGUUUUGACUGUAUCAGCUGCAAAAAACAACAAAAACAGCUCACUUGGACUGUGGUUGGACAUCAGAUCCAUCUGUGGUCCUGGUGUUCUCCUUGGUUGAAAGCGGCUUACAACAGGGGCUGCAUCUGCGUCCUCUUCAGUGUUCCACUGUCCAGCCCGUGUUUCUAGUGCUGCCUCAGUCAGAGGAGAUCUGGAUCUUGUCCGAGUUCGCUGCGCUCUCCGUGGUGUCCUCUGAUGUGUGGGCCUCAACUGGACAGAGCACGUGGGAGUUUUCUCCUCCUCCUCCUCCUCUUCCCUGAAUAGAAUGGAGGGAUCACCAAGCUGGAGAUGGAAAUUAGCAGAGGGCUCUGAAGUACAGGCAACCUCAGAUUCAGCAGGAUUCUCAAGAAGGGCUUAACUUUCUGCAUUAUAAAUAGCCCAUUUAUUGGUUUGUUUGAUGGAGGAGCAAAUAAAAAGAAGGUCUCUGAUUC